CUGAAGCGCGUGCCGAGGGCCGCCCGUCGCGCCUCCUCUUUCCCCGUGGCCGUGGCCUGCGCCCCUCCGGCGUCGCGUGACACGCGCUUGCUCUGGGUUUGGGUCUGACAACAUUUUAUUGGAAGAUGGCCACUAUGCAGUUGCGGAGGACAGCUUCCAUGAGUGCAUUGGUAUUUCCCAAUAAGAUCUCGACUGAGCAUCAGUCUUUGAUGUUUGUGAAGAGGCUCCUAGCAGUUUCAGUAUCCUGCAUCACCUAUUUGAGAGGAAUAUUUCCAGAACGUGCUUAUGGGACAAGAUACCUGGAUGAUCUUUGUGUCAAAAUUCUGAAAGAAGAUAAAAAUUGUCCAGGUUCUUCACAGUUAGUGAAGUGGAUGCUCGGAUGCUAUGAUGCUUUACAGAAGAAAUAUCUAAGGAUGAUCAUUCUAGCUGUAUACACCAAUCCAGAAGAUCCUCGGACAAUCUCAGAAUGUUACCAGUUUAAGUUCAAGUACACCAAAAAUGGACCAAUCAUGGACUUUAUAAGCAAAAAUCAAAACAAUAAAUCUAGUACAACAUCUGCUGACACCAAGAAAGCAAGUAUUCUCCUCAUUCGGAAGAUUUAUGUCCUAAUGCAAAAUCUAGGACCUUUGCCUAAUGAUGUUUGUUUGACCAUGAAACUUUUCUACUAUGAUGAAGUUACACCCCCAGAUUACCAACCUCCAGGUUUUAAGGAUGGUGAUUGUGAAGGAGUAAUAUUUGAUGGGGACCCUACAUACUUAAAUGUGGGAGAAGUCCCGACACCUUUUCACACCUUCAGAUUAAAAGUGACCACUGAGAAAGAACGAAUGGAAAAUAUUGAUUCAACCAUAUUAACACCAAAACAAUCAAAAAUACCAUUUCGAAAAAUCAUAAUGGACAAAGAUGAUGUAGAAGAUGACAGUCAUAAUAAUUUCGACAUUAAAACUAAAAUGGAUGAACAGAAAGAAAACUUGGGAGCUUCUGAAAUUAAAGAACCAACUUUAGAUUAUAAGGAAGAAGAAAUUAUGCAGUUCAAAAAAAGCCCAAGUCCUUCAAUUUCUCAUUGUCAGGUUGAACAGUUAGUCAGUAAAACAUCUGAACUUGAUGUGUCUGAAAGCAAAACAAGAAGUGGGAAAAUCUUUCAGAGUAAAAUGGAGGUAAAUGGAAAUCAAGUACAAACUUCUAAAGAAAAUCGAAAGAGAAGUCUUCGUCAGCCUGGGAAAACAGUCCUUCAUCUCUUGGAAUCUUCUAGUCAAGAGUCAGUGACAAAAAGAAAGAGAGUUAGUGAACCAAAGGAACAGACCUAAAAAUUAUUUUUCUUAUGCAGAUUUGUAGUUCUCAACAUUUAAACUGAAAUGUAUUAUUAUUUGAAGGUGUGCUUUCUGUACCUCUGAAAAUUAUUUUGUGGCUCACACUAAUCAAUGUUUUAGGUAUUAUAUUGUGUUUACCUGAGCUAAAUCCAAGGGAACUUUUGGCUAAACCAAAGUAUAAAUGUCACCAUUAAUUCUGCUCAUUAUCCACUGAAUACAAUCUGCCUUCCAUUUUAAAGCUUUUUAAAAAUAUGUAUUAACUUUUAAGGCUCUCUAGAACCAUUUCUGAAAUGUUUAUUCUAACAUUAAAAUUUUGUAAGGAUUCUCUUUUUAUAUAUGUUAAAACUGUACCAUUUAAUUGGUGUUAUUAAAAUAAUGUUUGAUGUUUUGAUAUAGUGUGUUAUUAACAUAAUAUACAACAUUCAACUUUUAAACAUGUAUUUAGGGCAAAAAUAUGACUGAAAGCAAUGGCUAAUAAAAGACUGGCAUUUUACUAGCAUGAUUAAGA